CAAGGUGCGGAGCGGCUCCGCUAUGCGCUGAGUUCGAGGCCCGGCACCGCACGGUCAGCAUGGCGCCCCUGGGCAGGAGCCUCUUACGGGCGCGUUUGAAACACAGAUCCAAGGACUGCAAGGCUCCGCCGGCUGGGAAUGAGGUGCCAGUGUGGGUGUGCGAGGAGGAAAAGGCGGUGUGUGGCGUCACCAAGCGCACAACCUGUGAGGAUGUGGUGCAGGCCUUGCUGGAGGACCACAGGAGCGGCCCGGAGGACGGGAGGGUCCUAGAGGGUGAGCCCGAUGACUACUGCCUGCUGGAGCGAUGGAAGGGGUUUGAGCGAGCGCUGCCUCCGCUCGCGCGUAUCCUCCGGCUCUGGGAGGCCUGGGGUAACGAGCAGCCCCAUGUGAGAUUUGUCCUCGUGAGCUCCGGUGGGCUGGCAGCACAGGCAGCCUACCACGGGGGGCCCUCGGUGGUGCCGAAGCAGUGGGACCGGGGGCCGGCGCAGUACAUCAAGUCCCUGCCCGAGGAGCGGCGGAGGCGGGCAGUUCAGAAAGCCUUCCGAAAGCUGGAGAGGAUCCGGAGGGAGCGGAGGCCGCCGAGGAGACACAGGAUUGAUAGGAUGGUCCAGCUGAUCAUUGCUCAGGACCACACGAUCCAGCAGCAGAUAGACAGGAUGAGGGAGCUCGAUCUGGAGAUCGAGCAAAUGGAGCAACAGCUGCAGCUUGAGCACAAAUAUUCCAGAGCGGAAUGGGAGGGCGCUGUUUGCGGUGGCUUUGCCGAAGAGGCUGUUGGCCCCUCGCAGGAAUCUCUCGUGGAAGAGUACCUCUGCGCUUCUGGUAGACUCAACCAGCUGGACCUGCAGAUAGAAACGCAGCGGGACCUGGUUGAGAAGCUCACGCGCGACAUCGAUGCGGAGAUAAAGCAGGUGUGUCGAGCAGAAGGUCAGGGGCCGCAGGGGGUUUUGGCAAACGCGGGUCCGGGCCUCGAGGGUCCCCAAGAAGCGGCCGAGCUGGGCAGGGCGAUGUGUGAUUUGGAGCGCUGCAUUCGCUACGGCCUGGCUCUGCAGGCGCAGGUGGCGGAGCUGCAGGGGGAGCUGCAGCGCAGUGAGGCAGCUCUGCACUGGGGGCACCAGGAGUGUGAGCGCCUGGCAGCGCAGCUGAGCGCCUUGCAGGUGGACAACGGGGUGGAGCCAGCGGGGGCAGAGGGCGGGCCUGGACGUAGCCAGGCUACCACGGAACUGACGGACACGGAUUCCGACACUGGAAUAAGCUCCACCCACAGCCAGGACUCGCUGUCCCCCUGCAGAGACGUCCCACCACCUCGGGACACUGAUCUGUAGAAAUACACACAGUGGUGUUAAGAGAAUGGUUUGCGCGUCUUGCCACAGGUGCCAUUACACGUGUGAUACAAAUCAGUGGUAUUAGGGACUGUAACACAUUAGAUUGCAUAAUAUACGUGUAAUAAUAAUGGAUUCGAAGACCUCGACAAGGACACAUUGCAUUCACAGGAAUCAGUUAUGUUUACUAGAUUAAAAUCCAUAUACUUCAUUCCAGUCUUUUCAUUGUACAUUUACAUUCAUUCAUGUAGCUGAUGCUUUUCUCCCAAGUGA